CGCAAUUCCCUUCUCAGACUUUCCCCUGAAAAGCUAUUAUUCUUGCUUUUUGUUUUUCUUAUAGUCUUUACAUUUAGACUCCACUUUACUUUUCUACUUUCCCUGUUAUCUUUUUUUUUAACACCAAAUCUUUUUUUUCCCCCAAGAAAAACAACCAGCAACCAUCAACCAACAACCAACGAUCAACAUGACAGACCCCGGUCUCAAUUCUCUCCUCAAAUGGGGCGUUGAACACUCCAAAGACACUCCCUCCUCUAACAGCAACAACAACACAACUUCCACCGGCGAUGCCGCACGGGGCAUCGACCCCCAAGCCCUCGCCCAGCUCCUCGGCGGCCCCUCCGACGCCGAUCUCAUGAAGGACGCCAUGGCCGCAAUCGUCUCUCCCAACGUCGAUCUCGAGAACAAGUUGAUCGCGUUUGACAACUACGAGCAAUUGAUCGAGACGAUAGACAAUGCGAACAAUCAGGAGCCGUUGGGUCUCUGGACCCCACUGCUCGGACAGCUGGAAAACGCUGAGCCCGAGAUGCGCAAAAUGGCUGCGUGGUGUGUCGGCACGGCGGUGCAGAAUAAUCCCAAAGCCCAGGAACGAGUGUUGAUACUAGGCGGGGUACCUACCCUCGUGCGCAUCGCGGUCGGGGAUGCCAACGAACAGGUUCGUCGAAAGGCAAUCUAUGCGCUGUCGUCGGCGGUCCGGAAUUACCAGCCCGCGCUGGACGAAGCGGGCAAGCAUCUCCCCGCGGAGAUUGUGGCCGCGGCGGAUGGUCCGGAGAAGAAGAAGUUGGAUGCGGCGGAUAUGGACCAGAUUGAUCGCGUCAUGCAGGCUCUGAGAGAGGCGUCACAAGCAAAACAGGCAUCAUCUUAGAUUUGUUUUCCUGUCUCGGUUUUGUACACCCUCUGUUCUCGGAUUUAAUCUUUGAAGACUAUCUUCUCUUUUUUUUUUAACCCGGGUG